AUGACACUUCUUUUGUGUUGCAGUUACACAGGAGAAAAAUAUAAACCGCUUAUAAUUGGGCGUACGAAGUCACCAAGAGUAUUAAAAGGUGUGAAUCUGAGAGAAAUUGGCAUUGAAUAUGAUGCUUCGUGCAAAGCCUGGAUGACAAAAAAUAUUUUUGAAAAUUGGUUAUCUCGAUUUAACGAGGAAAUGAGAGAGAAAAGAAGGAAAAUAGCAUUGUUAAUUGAUAAUGCAACUUGUCAUGCUGUUUCUCUCAAACUUUCAAACGUCGACGUAAUAUUUUUUCCAAAAAAUACAAGUUCCUUAAUUCAGCCAUGUGACCAAGGGAUAAUAAAGGCAUUUAAGAAUCAUUUUAAUAACUGGAUUAUGAAAACAAUUAUCUAUGAUAAAAAUCCUGCAGGGCAAAUAGAUGAAGCAAUAAAGGGAAUCAAAAUAUUGGAUGCUAUUUCAUGUUCGAAAUUGGCAUGGGACGAGAUUACAGACACUUCAAUACAACAUUGCUUUGAAAAAGCUAUGGAAUAUGACUGUCGGGAAAAAGAGGACAUCGAAGAAAGUCUGAUUAAUUCCGGUAUUGUGGAAAAUGCGAUUUUGAAGAGUUUCUGGGAUGAUAACAGUAGUGAUGAAGAGGACUACAGCGAACAAUUUAUGGAACAUUUGGAUGAUCAACAAGUUAUAAACAAUGCGGAAUGCGCAUUCACAAUGCUGCUAAAUGUUAUUAAGCAAGAGACUCCGGAAAAUGACAUCAAAAUAGAAGGUUCUCCCAAUUUCCAGAAUGUUCUAGAAAGUUCUGCCAAAGAUGGACUUCUUUUGUGGUGUCAAAGGAAGACGGCGGGUUAUGAGGGUGUGGAUGUCCAGAAUUUCCACACCAGUUUUAAAAACGGACUGGCUUUUGCGGCCUUAAUCCACAAACAUCGACCAGAUUUGCUCGAUUUCAGUCUCCUUCGAGUUAGCAUCCGAUUAGUGACCCUACUUGCCUGGAUCCAGGCCAAGGUCGAGUUGUUCAGUGAGAAGAGUGGCAAUCUCUCUUUGGAUAAUGUUGUGGAGAGAAUGGAGAAAUUCGCCGAAUAUUCGGUGUAUGAGAAGCCUGGGAAAUACCGCGAGAAGACGGAAUUGGAGAACUUGGUUGUGAAUACUGCCCGAUAUUCUGAGCAAGUCUCCACCAAUUGGGGUGUGCUGGACAGGAUUGACGUGGAGUACGAAGAAUGGAUAUUUGGUGUGUAUAACAGGUCGAGUAGAUUGUGA